AUGAGCUGGCAUCUCACCCCAGUUAGAGUGGCCAUCAUUCCAAAGCCCACAAAGGAGCAACGCUACAGAGGCUGUGGAGAAAAGGGAACCCUCCUACACUGCCAACAAGCUCCCAAAGGCCGGGCCUUGCCCCUGCUUCUGCCCCAGCUCGCCUGUGCCCCACAGGGUCCGGGGCGGCCUCCACUCCCAGGGCAGGGCCACCCGCGCGGGAAGGCCACGCAAGGCCUGAGGGCCAGUCUCAGCUGGUCCGGGGCCGUCCAGCGCCCUCCCAUCUCACGGGGCUGCUCCCACUUUGACAAACCCGCCUAUGAGCGGCGGCCAAGAAAGCCGCGGGGUUCAGCCAAUACUAAAGAGGGGGAGGUAGGCACCCCAACCAGGGCGGGGGGCCCCGGGACCCGCCACAGGGUCCCAACCUGGACCUGCGGCCUGGACCCACCGACGCACCCCUCCCCCACCCCGGGCGCCUCCCCAACUGCACAGCCCAGGCCUCACCCGCCCGACUCCCCGACCUGCGCGCCCCCACCAGCGCCCCCUUACCUGUCUCGCGACGGCAGCAGAGGUGACAGCAAGCGGCGGGAGGCCGAGACCCCGAGCAGCCUUCCUCCUCCGGGAGCUGCUCCAGGGGCACCCAGCUCCCGCCCAGCUUCCUCACGUUCUGGGAGCGCGCCAGCGCCCCGGCGUCCCGGCGACCGUGCGCGCGCGCGCACGCGCGCUCGGCGGGUCCAGGCACCCAAGCAGGACCACCACGGGCCCAGGGCCAGGCCACACCCCAUCAGCCCCACCGCCACUGCUCGCCGACCCCCACCCAGUCAAUGCCUCCCCCUGCCACGCCCGGUCCCCGAUCCACUGCACCCCCGACACAAACCUGCUUCUCCUCACACCCAAGUCCCGCCCCAGCUCUGCGCCCCACUAGGUCCUACGCUACAGCCCCUGCAAACCAAGCACACCCCUCAUGCCUCACCCCAGGUUCCCCCACCGACCGGAGAUACUCCCCUAACCCUGCACCUCGGGAUGACCCCCCACCCUACAGCCGGGUCACUUCGGCUCCCAGCAGCCCCUCCCCCUCAGCCUGUCCGCCCUCACCGCCAGUUCGCCCCACACCCGGAGUGCACCCCUACCCCAGAUGACCCCCUCAGCCCUCUCCUCGCGGGAGCAGGGCGGUCCGGGCUCCGAUCACCGCGGCGACAGCCGCCAGACAGGGAUCCCCGGGGCCCACUGAAGGCACACACCCCUGGGUCCCAGGUGCCCGGCCCCGGAGGGCGGGUGGGCGGGGCUCGAGGCCAUUCCAAUUCCCUGCCCGACCCCCACGCCCCCUUCCCUCAACCCACCCCACCCCCAAGCCCACUGCCUCCUCUGAGCCCAUGGGUCAGAUGGUCCCGAUCUGCACACCGCUCGCCAGUGGACCUUCACGCUGGUGCGGAGAGGGAGGGUGCAGCCGUAGCCCGGCCCUCGGCCCCCCGGGAUGGCAGCGGGCAGCAGUGGCAGUGCUGGCCGUGGCGAUCGCGACGGCGGCGGGGGAGGGCGGCUGCCCUGGGAGAGCCAGUCCACUUGCUCCCACCACCCCCGCCGCCUGGCCUCUGCUGCCAGAGCUUCCUGGAAGGAGUGUCCCCCUGUCAGCCUGCCCCUGGGAGGCAGGCCGGCUGCGGCCAGGGGGGCGGGGCGGCGGCAGUGGCAGCAGCAGCGCUGGAGAUGGCAGGAUUGGGGCUGCCCCAUGCUGCUAGACGGGGGACUUGCUCCCAUUUCCCGCUGUCGCUGCCCCCGGCCUGGCACACUGACUGCACCACGCCCACCUCUCAGGAGCAGGCUGACCUGAGGACAAGCCUCCAGGGACCCUGGGGCAGCAGAGACCGCCCCCCACAGCAGGCUGAGGGGCAGACGGGAGGAAAUCCACAGGGUCCGGGGCGGCCUCCACUCCCAGGGCAGGGCCACCCGCGCGGGAAGGCCACGCAAGGCCUGAGGGCCAGUCUCAGCUGGUCCGGGGCCGUCCAGCGCCCUCCCAUCUCACGGGGCUGCUCCCACUUUGACAAACCCGCCUAUGAGCGGCGGCCAAGAAAGCCGCGGGGUUCAGCCAAUACUAAUGAGGGGGAGGUAGGCACCCCAACCAGGGCGGGGGGCCCCGGGACCCGCCUCAGGGUCCCAACCUGGACCUGCGGCCUGGACCCACCGACGCACCCCUCCCCCACCCCGGGCGCCUCCCCAACUGCACAGCCCAGGCCUCACCCGCCCGACUCCCCGACCUGCGCGCCCCCACCAGCGCCCCCUUACCUGUCUCGCGACGGCAGCAGAGGUGACAGCAAGCGGCGGGAGGCCGAGACCCCGAGCAGCCUUCCUCCUCCGGGAGCUGCUCCAGGGGCACCCAGCUCCCGCCCAGCUUCCUCACGUUCUGGGAGCGCGCCAGCGCCCCGGCGUCCCGGCGACCGUGCGCGCGCGCGCACGCGCGCUCGGCGGUGA